AUGAAGCAAUCAAAAUUCAAGAGGAUUUGUGUUUUCUGUGGAAGUAGUCCAGGAAAGAAGGGUAGUUAUAAGGAUGCUGCUUUAGAGCUGGGGAAGGAACUGGUAUCAAGGAAAAUAGACCUAGUUUACGGAGGAGGGAGCAUUGGUUUGAUGGGUUUGGUCUCUCAAGCUGUUUACAGUGGUGGUCGCCAUGUCAUUGGGGUAAUUCCCAAGACACUCAUGCCUAGAGAGAUAACUGGUGAAACAGUGGGAGAAGUGAAGGCAGUUGCAGAUAUGCACCAGAGGAAGGCAGAGAUGGCUAGACAUUCAGAUGCCUUUAUUGCCUUACCUGGUGGUUAUGGGACUCUUGAAGAGCUUCUUGAAGUGAUAGCAUGGGCUCAACUUGGCAUCCAUGAUAAACCGGUGGGAUUGUUGAACGUGGACGGGUACUACAACUCGUUGCUGUCCUUUAUUGACAAAGCUGUAGAGGAAGGUUUCAUAAGCCCGAAUGCACGCCAUAUCAUUGUAUCAGCCCCUACAGCAAGGGAGCUAGUGAAGAAAUUGGAGGUGUACAUUCCAAGCCAUGAAAGAGUUGCUUCAAAGUUGAACUGGGAAAUGGAACAAUUAGGCUACUCCUCAAAAAACGAUAUCUCAAGGUAGAAAAUCAUAUAGAGAGUACUUCAAGAGAGACACAAAGGAGGGGAUGGUGCCUUGAGGAGAAAGGGCGAGAAAGUGGGGGGGCUAAUUGUAGAAGACCGCAAAUUUUCAUGAGUAGAAGAGUUAUUUUCUCUUUUUUCUUUUGUGCAUUGGCCUCGGUGAAUGAACUGAUGAAGCUUUGUGAAAAUUUCGUUGUUUUGGAAAAUUUGUUCCUCUAAACCAAAAGAAACCCCCAAGAGAAGUUGGAAAUUUUGCAGUGCGUUGAAUU